UUUCCGGUGAAAGGAGGCAUCAACAUGAUCAACAUUGCAGCUCCGGCAAAGAAAAUAUUAGCCUAAUCCAUGAUUAAUUAAUUUGUUAUGUAUAGACAACUUAUGGACUGCACUGCAUUGCUUUCAGUUACAAGGCUCCUGCAGUACUUGCUCAAACUUAAAUAGUUCAAAGAUGAUCAUGAAAGAGACAAAAUACAUGCAGGCAUUAGCAAGAUAUACAGUGAAAACUGCAAUCCACACCUGAAUGGUUUUUAUUGAUGAAGUCCUUUUAUUGGCCGUGACAGCUGUGACGUCACUUAAUUCAUUGUUUACCAUUUUGACCAGAAAGAAGUAGCAAAGUGUUGUGGCAUUUUUGUGCUAGUACGGCCUAUUUCAAAGGAAUUUGGUUUUGAAUUUUUAUUUGACUUGUAGAACAAGUGUUUGUGUUUAUGUUCGUAGUGUUAGUUUCUUUUCUUGUACGUAAUUUUGGAACUUAUUUUUCCUGUUUGACGUCAUGGUGCGAAUUAAAGCAUGUGUUGCAGGAGGUUGUAGUGGAAGGAACGGUGUUAGAUCAAGUCUCCAUCGUUUCCCAUUUGAUCGGCCUAAGAUUUUAAGACAGUGGGUGAAAUUUGUGCAUCAAACUCGUAAGAAUUGGAGUGGGCCGACCAAAUGCUCCAUGCUGUGUUCCCUGCACUUCACAGAAGAUUCGUUUCCAUUUAAAUACAGGUUCUUGGAAUCGUGUGGAGAAACUGUGACACGAAAGUACUUGCUAGCGGAUGCCGUUCCCACAAAACAACUCUCAAAAUCACCCAAACCUGGGUCGGGAACCCCUAUGUGCAGUACCCCGAAGAAGCCUAGGCGAGCAUUUUUGAAAAGAGAAGUUCAAAGAAUCCUUAUGUCAUAUGAAGAAUCAGCAGUGAAUUCAUCCCAACAACGCCCCGGAAUCUCUGAAUCACCACAACAAUGUCCUGGAGUCUCUGAAUCACCGCAACAACAUGCCGGAGUCUCUGAAUCACCGCAACAAUGUCCCGGAGUCUCUGAAUCACCACAACAAUGUCCUGGAGUCCUUGAAUCACCGCAACAACAUCCCGGAGUGUCUGAAUCACUGCAACAAGGUCCCGGAGUGUCUGAAUCAACGCAACAAUGUCCCGGAGUCUCUGAAUCAAUGCAAAAAUGUUCUGCAGUCUUUGAAUCCCCGCAACAAGGUCCUGGAGUGUCUGAAUCACCACAACAAGAUCCUGUUCACUUGGAAUUGCCUAUAAAACAAGAACUGGGUCACUCAGACCCUCAAAUAUAUCCCGAGGUUCAAGCAGUUCAAGAGGUAGUGAGUAGACAAGUGACUCCUAAAGAGAUGAGGACAGUUGGGUCCAAGCGAUCCUCAUCAGAACCUCCGAGAAGGUCAAAUUACACCCAAAGAAAGCGGAAAAAUCAGGGCAAAGCUAAAAAUGUCCGCACAAGGGAUGUUGCUGUAGGCUGUAACUUAUUAACUGCUGAAGACGAGUUAUCUGAUGAAGAGGAAGAAGACCCUAAUUCCACAUUCCAUUAUUUCCUGUCUGUGGAAACUGAAGAUUCAACUUUAUUGGAUGAAGGAUACAGUGAAGUAAAUCACGCCGUUAUGAAGAGGAAACUGGAAUCAAUUGACUUUGAAAUGGAUGAUGAUGUGUCUUUAGAUUCAUCUGGUGAAUCAGACACAGAAGAAAAGUCUGUUGAAAAUGAACACAGAUGUGAAAUAUGUGAGUGUAUAUUUGACAGUGAUCGUCAGCUUAAUUUGCACAUGGAAACUCAUUCAGAGUAUGCUCCUUCAGAAGAGAGUGACGGUGCUGAUUCUGAUUUUGAACUUGAUGAAAGUGAUACAGACACAGAAAAAACUCCCCCAAAAGGGAAAAAGUGCAAAAAAUGUCACAAUUAUUUUUUCAAUCUUGACAGACACGUGGAGAAGAUGCAUAUGACCGUCAAAUGUACACAAUGUGAGAAAGUCUUCGAUCAACAGAGAAUCAAAGCACAUGUAUUGCGUGUACAUUCAAAUCGUAGAGCAAAAUUUACAUGUGAUGUAUGCGAAAAAUCAUACACAACCAAACAUCAAUUAAAAAUUCACAAAGAGGUAAAGCAUGAAAAUCAUGUUUACAUAUGUGAAGAAUGCGGCCAAGGUUUCCCUAGUGAGGUUAAUCUGAAAGGCCACAAGCGAAAGCACUUAGAGAAAGAUCAUAGAGAUAUCGUGUGUGAUGUUUGUGGAAAAAGAAUUUCAUUUCGUAACAAAACGCGACACAUGCGAACCCACACAAAGACGCAGGCUUUCAAGUGUGCCGUCUGUGGCCGAGGUUUUAAUGAAAAAGAACAGUUGGACAAGCAUUCGCGCACUCACACAGGUGAAAAACCAUAUAAAUGUGAAACGUGUUCAAAAACAUUCAACCACAAAGUGUCCCUCAAGGCUCACAUGAAAAAAUGUCAUUUAUAGACUAAAACUAAAAAAAAAAAAAAAACACCUGUUCACCUUUCAGUAUUUUCUCUUUUCUUUCAAUGUAUACUGAUAACAUUUUUUUUAAGCACUGUGUGGAGGGAAAUAAAAAAUAUAUAUACUAGCAACAUUGUACACAGUAGCAUUUAAUGAGCAUGUAUAUGAAGUUUAUAUGUUUUGCUAAAUGUAGCAUUAUAUUGCACAUGAACAAAAUUGUACUCUGUGGUCUGUUUGUCUGUAACUUCAAGUUUGAUGAAAAAAGGGUUAUUUAACAUGUUUAAAGGUUUAUUUUUGCAAUUGACGUGUUAUGUUUAGCUCUUUACAUAGAGAUGGCUAUAGAAAAAAGAUAAUGUUGUUCAAACUUAAAUUGCUCCAGACUUUUAGAAUUCACCCUUUGACCUUUACGGUUGUAUGACAAAAUGGCAAAAAUAAGAACAUGAAGAUGGAGGCAAAAAUUCUCUUGUACAUGUGUACAGUUUUAUUAAGGUGAUAUGUUCAAGCAAUCUAAUUAAAAUUAGAUGUUAGAUCCGCACGCAUAAUCUCUACACUAACAUCUAACAACAUCCCAUAGAGGGUCACGUCAGAGGUCAAAUUCAGAAAAACUCUAGACUUAUUCACUUCGAUUACGUCAACAAAUCUCCAACAAUUUUGCCAGCGACAAUUUGAUUGGUUAAUAGAAUUUGACCUCUGACGUGACCUUCUUUUGGAAGUUGUUAGAUGUUGGUGUAGCUUGUAUGCGAGCGGAUAAAUGUUCAUUGCUCUGUGGGUCAUGUCAGAUCAACAUUUGUAUUUAUUUGAUUAUGAUGUUUAUUCAUCUAUCUGCAAAUUGAUAAAUAUAUGUGUUAAAUUA